AUGAACAAAGGAACUUUUAAUGCUGUUUUUUUACUUUUAAGUUUAUUUGUAUAUGCCAAGAAUAAAACCCUUGCAGCCGAAUUUGAUGAACACAAUGCCACUUUAAUUACUUCUGAUGGACAAAGUGCCACUAUAAUUAAGGAAGUUGAAGAAAAUGCCACUUUAAUUACUUCUGAUGAACAAAGUGCCACUAUAAUCAAGGAUGAUGAAGAAGAUGCCACUAUAAUCAAGGAAGCUGAACAAAAUGCCACUAUAAUCAAAGACGAUGAACAAAAUGCCAAUAAAAUCAAGGAAGCUGAACAAAAUGCCAAUAAAAUCAAGGACGAUGGACAAAAUGCCAAUAAAAUCAAGGGCUAUAGACGAAAUGCCAAUAAAAUCAAGGUCGAUAGACAAAAUGUCACUUUACCCGAAAUUUCUUUACCCGAAAUUUCUUUAUCCGAAAUUGCUCUACGCAUAACCAAUUUAAACAACAAAAGUGAAUCUCUUUUAGAGAAACCUGGUUCGGAGAUAAGAUAUAAACUGCACAAACACUUAUUAUGUAUGGAUCCUAAAGAAACCGAAAAAGCAAUAAAACAUGUUAGCGAAGCUGUAGCACUUUUACUAAAACUGGGUUCAAAUAGAGACGGUUAUAAAGUCGAACUUCAAAAAGAUGAUCAUACAUUUAUAUAUUCUAAGAAACUCGAAAAUAUAGAUAUUGGAAAAUUUAUUACUAAAAUCAAAAGUUCUGAUAAGUAUGAUGAGAUAAUAAACCUGCUAUGGGAUAGCAAUGGCACCAAUAAAUUUGAUACUGGAUUUAUAAAUGGAAACGUUGAUCGUGUAUACAAUCCAAAUUUAUUAAUGAUGAAAAAAAACAGUGACCCAUUUUCUAUUGUGUUACUCUCUCAAAUAACUUACGCUUUCGCCACAAAAGUUGAGAUAUCAGACGACACAACAGUAAUUCUCUGUCCUUCAAUAAAUAUAAAUUAUCUGAAUAACGACAUAAGUUGGAUGGAUAUGCCAGAACUGUUAGAAAAUGUAAAACCAAUCGAAACUGAUAUUAAUGCUGAGGAAGCUUUAACAAAAAUGGCUGCUAACAUAUCUGGAUUUAUAAUUAAAAAAAAUAAAGACAGCGUUGAUCUUAUCUACAUAAACUCUAUUUAUAAUAAUAGUCCUUGCGUUCUUGAAUGCUUCCGUAAUAAAAGAGAUAGAGUUAAAAAAUAUGUAUAUAUUAUGGGUGCUCAUCCAAUUAUGGAAUAA